AUGGGUGGUGGCAAUAUUAUUUCUGCGGAUCCAAAGAUGAUAAACAACAAAGUUGUUGCUGGUGAAAAUAACGAGGCUCUAAUUAAUCUUGAUCCGUUAGAAAAAGUUGUGUUGGUAGACGAUGAUGAUGACAAAUCAUCAAAACUAAAUUUAUCGUCGUCGCCACCACCACUUGUUUUGUCAUACAACGAAGUGAUACGUCCACUUCGUGACACAGUUCAUACACUCGUGUGUAUGAAUGUUAUCGAAGAAUGUAUAUAUAUCCCAACAAUUGUUGUCAUUGGUGAUCAAUCGUCCGGUAAGUCUAGUUUAAUUGAGUCACUCACUGGCAUUAGUUUGCCUCAUGGAGAAGGAAUAUGUACUCGGGUUCCCUUGAUAAUGAAGCUUCAACACCAUAUCGAUCCCGUAUCACAAUUUAUCCAAUUGGAAUAUUUUGGAAAUUCUGUUCCGGUCGACCAAACUAGUAAUAUAUCAGAAGCUGUUAAUCUUGCAACUGAAAAAAUUGCUGGCAAUCAGAAAAUGAUAUCGGGUGUGCCAUUGACAUUGGUAGUGAAGCAGAAUAGUGUCCCUGAUCUCACCAUCAUUGAUUUGCCUGGCAUUCCCAUUAAUGAUCAAUCGGAGAACUCUUAUCAUAAGAAAAUAGACGAUAUUAUUGAGAAAUACAUAGGUCCGGAAGGAACCAUCAUCCUUAAUGUUGUAUCAGCCACUGCUGAUUUUCUGACCUGUAAAUCAAUGCAAAUGUCGCUGAAACUUGACGAAACUGGACAACGGACACUUCAUGUCUUCACAAAAUCUGAUAAGGCAUCAGAAGAUAUGGUGGCAGUAGCUACCACCAGCACUGGAACCGAUUUUGUGUGUGUCGUAAACCGGAUUGGAGAAGAAACGUACCAAGAAGCUAGAACCAAAGAAGCGAAUCUCUUUCAAACUCACCAUUUGCUUUCUGGAUUCAACAAAUCCAUGGUGGGUACACAUGUCGUUGCACAAAAACUUGUCGUAAUGCAGUUAGGAUCUUUAUCUAAAAGCCUGCACUUGAUUCUUAAGAAGAUCAAUGAAGACCUCAAUAUCACGGUCCUCGCACAAAAUAAGUUAGAGAAGCAAUUCACAACUAUUUCAGAGGCAAUGCCAACUUUUUUACAUAUUAGUAAAAUGUCCGAGAAAUCUCUAGCCAAAAUCGUCGUCUCAUGUGAGUUUGAUGAUUUUCUUGAUGAUACACAAAUGCAUUGUUCCGCUAGAUUAUCUAAUAUGCUGAAUGAAUUUUUAAAAAACCUCAAGGAAAACCAAGUAAAUCACUGGAAACAUAUUGAUGAUGAGAUCCCUCAACUGCUUGAAGAAAGAAAAGGGUCAUGUUCGCCUUCUCUUCUUGUAGAGCAUGUUUUUAACUUUCUUUUACAAAGACAAAUAGUUAGCAUGUCCGGAGUAAUAGACUCAUUUACUACUAGAGUCUGGGAUUAUAUAGAAGCGGUGAUGGUUAAAGUGUUGGUUUUGCAUACCAAAGAUGACUACCCACAACUCGUUUUGAUAGUCAAGGCUGCAGCUAAAAAUGCAAUUGUAAAAUUGAAGGAGCGGUUGCGCUUUAAAGACAACGUGUUGGAGCUUCUUGAGGUGAAAAAUAUGGAAGAGUUAAAGUUGAACAAAUUAGUACCUCCAUAUAAUAACAAAUCACUUGGUACUCUAGCUGUUUAUUCUGAGACAACAUUGAAUCAAGCACUUGAGAUAGAGACAAGGAUGAUGGCCUUUUGGGAGUUUGUUCAUUCAAGUUUCAUUGAUUCCGUAGAAGAAAAUGUUAAGUCAAUGAUGAAUGAGAUUAUUGUGGAAACUGAAAUGGAGAAGGAGUUGAUGAAUGAGCUGAAGACUAAUGGCGAAAAUAGGUAUAAGCGGAUGCUAGAAGAGUCACCUUGGAUGACAAUGAAAAGGUGGAAGCUAAAGAACAGAAUUGAGUUGGUCGAGAAGUUUAAGAAAGUUAUCGAGAAAGAAAUCGAUGAGAUUUCUUUUCAUGGGUAUUAG